GGGAGAAGUGAGCUUCAUCCCGAGGAGGAGGAGCGCACUUGUCUGUACCUGCGCGAACUGCGCCGAGACUGUGUCAGAAGACGCACGGACGCGCCUCCACUUCACAGUAGCGCCUGUUGGUGAAGUCUUCCGUCGGCGGCGACGACUACUACUGUGUUGACACCAGCGCUGUCGGACCGAGCCCCUUUUCUUCCUGCUUCUCCCUGAACCCGGGGGGGGGGGGAGGGGGGCCGCGAGGGGACGGAGAAAGUCAUGGACAGAGGCGGGGAGUUAAAAAGAAGCUAGCGCCCCUGCGAAGACACAUCGCCCGAGAAAGCAAGAAGUGUCCGGCGAGAGACCGAGGAACAGGAUGGGGAUGGACCUCAGCACCCUGCGGACCCUCAUCAUCAGAUAUUGUGUUGGUGAGGAGAACUGGGUGGACAGCAGGACCAUUUACAUCGGACACAAGGAGCCUCCGCCCAGUACAGAGGCCUUCAUUCAACAAAGAUUUCCUGACAACAGAAUAGUUUCUUCCAAGUACACAUUUUGGAACUUCGUCCCUAAGAAUAUGUUCGAGCAGUUCAGGAGAGUUGCCAACUUCUACUUUCUCAUCAUAUUUCUGGUCCAGUUGAUCAUCGACACACCCACCAGUCCGAUCACCAGUGGACUGCCGCUCUUCUUUGUCAUCACAGUCACUGCCAUUAAACAGGGUUAUGAGGACUGGUUGAGACACAAAUCAGACAACGCUGUCAACCAGUGUCCUGUCCAUGUGGUGCAGCAUGGGAAAGUGGUCCGCAAACAAAGUCGCAAGCUCAGGGUUGGGGACGUUGUCUUUGUGAAAGAAGAUGAAUCUUUCCCUUGCGACCUCAUACUUCUCUCCUCGUCCCGAGAGGAUGGGACCUGCUUUGUUACGACAGCCAGUCUGGAUGGAGAGAGCAGCCACAAGACACUGUAUGCAGUUCAGGACACCAAAGCUUACAGAACAGAACAGGAGGUGGACGCCAUCCACGCCACGAUAGAAUGUGAACAGCCACAGCCGGACCUGUACAAAUUUGUGGGCCGUAUCAACGUCUACAUGGACAAUGAGCCAGUGGCCAGGCCACUAGGCUCAGAGAACCUGUUGCUCCGAGGAGCCACGCUCAAGAACACAGAACACAUCUAUGCGGUUGUCAUCUACACUGGCAUGGAAACCAAGAUGGCUCUCAACUACCAGUCCAAGUCUCAGAAACGGUCUGCAGUUGAAAAGUCGAUGAACGCCUACCUGGUGGUCUACCUGUGCAUUCUUAUCAGCAAGGCCCUCAUCAACACUUUACUGAAGUACGUGUGGCAGGCCGAAGCCAACAGAGACGAGCCGUGGUACAAUCAGAGGACAGAGUCGGAGAAGCAGAGGCACAUCGUGAUCCGGGCGUUUACAGACUUCUUGGCCUUCAUGGUUCUCUUCAACUACAUCAUUCCCGUCUCCAUGUAUGUCACUGUGGAGAUGCAGAAGUUCCUGGGCUCUUACUUCAUCAUGUGGGAUGAUGAGAUGUUCGAUGAGGAGCUGGGGGAGCGGGCUGUGGUCAACACGUCGGACCUGAAUGAGGAACUGGGACAGGUGGAAUAUGUGUUUACAGACAAGACAGGGACUCUGACAGAGAACAACAUGGAGUUCAUAGAGUGCUGCGUGGACGGACACGUUUAUGUGCCUCAUGCCAUCUGUAAUGGACAGGUGAUGCCUGGUGCAGCCAGUAUGGACAUGAUUGACACGUCGCCAGGUCCUGGAGCCAGGGAGCACGAGGAGCUGUUUUUCCGGGCGCUGUGUUUGUGCCACACGGUGCAGGUGAAGGAGGAGGAGACGGUGGACGGGAUCAAGCAUGGCCUCCACCAGGGCAAGUCCACCUCUUUCUAUAUCUCCUCAUCUCCAGACGAGGUGGCACUGGUGGAGGGAAUGAAGAGGCUCGGUUUCACCUAUCUGCGACUCAAGGACAGUCACAUGGAGAUCUUGAAUAGAGAGGAUGAGAUUGAGAGGUUUGAGCUGCUCGAGGUUUUGACAUUCGACUCAGUCAGACGGAGGAUGAGCGUCAUCGUCAGGGCCAGCACUGGUGAGCUCUAUCUGUUCUGCAAAGGUGCAGACUCCGCCAUCUUCCCUCGAGUUAUCUCAGGCAAGGUGGAUGAGGUUAAAGCUCGGGUGGAGCGCAAUGCAGUGGAGGGCCUGAGGACCCUCUGUGUUGCCUACAGGCCUCUGAGCCCUGAACAGUACGAGGAGGUUUGCCACCUGCUGAGCGGGGCCAAGUUGGCGCUACAGGACCGCGACAAACGCCUGGCAGAGGCCUAUUACCUCAUAGAGAAAGACCUGAUACUCCUGGGAGCCACGGCUGUGGAGGACAGGCUCCAGGAAAAAGCAGCGGACACUAUUGAGUCUCUCCACAAGGCCGGCAUGAAGGUGUGGGUGCUGACCGGCGACAAGAUGGAGACGGCGGCUGCAACCUGCUACGCCAGCAAGCUCUUCCAUCGCAACACCCAGAUCUUGGAGCUGACCACCAAGCGCACCGAGGAGCAGAGCCUCCACGACGUCCUGUUUGACCUGAGCAGGACCGUCCUGAGGCAGCACGGAGGCAUGACCAGGGACACUUUCUCUGGUUUAUCAGGUGACUGCACCGACUAUGGUCUGAUCAUUGAUGGAGCCACCCUCUCUGCGGUGAUGAGGCCAGGCCAGGAGGACUCAAGCUCAGGGAACUACAAAGAGAUCUUCCUGGAAAUCUGCCGCAACUGCAGCGCCGUGCUCUGCUGUCGAAUGGCGCCACUCCAGAAAGCACAGAUUGUGAAGCUGAUCAAAGACUCCAAGGAGCACCCGAUCACACUUGCGAUUGGAGAUGGAGCUAAUGAUGUCAGCAUGAUCCUGGAGGCCCAUGUUGGCAUUGGUAUCAUGGGUAAAGAGGGUCGUCAGGCCGUGAGGAACAGUGACUACGCCAUCCCGAAGUUCAAACACCUCAAGAAGAUUCUGCUCGUCCACGGACACUAUUACUAUAUACGCAUCUCCGAACUUGUGCAAUACUUCUUCUACAAGAAUGUCUGCUUCAUCUUCCCCCAGUUCCUCUACCAGUUCUUCUGUGGCUUCUCACAACAGCCGCUGUAUGAUACAGCCUACUUGACUCUGUACAACAUCAGCUUCACCUCGCUACCCAUCCUGCUCUACAGUCUCAUAGAGCAGCACAUCAACAUGGACAUCCUGAAGAAGGACCCGUCUCUGUAUAGAGAUAUUGCUAAGAACUCUUUGCUGCGGUGGCCCAUCUUCAUAUAUUGGACCAUUCUGGGUGUAUACGAUGCCAUUGUGAUGUUCUUUGGUGCUUACUUCCUGUUUGACAACACCACCUUCACCAGCAACGGACAGCUAAUGACAACCAACACACAGAUGAUGUUUGGAAACUGGACGUUUGGGACGCUGGUCUUCACUGUGCUCGUCUUCACUGUUACAUUCAAGUUGGCUCUAGAUACUCAUUACUGGACCUGGAUCAACCAUUUUGUCAUCUGGGGAUCACUAAUUUUCUUUGUGGUCUUCUCUCUGCUGUGGGGAGGAAUCAUCUGGCCCUUCCUCAACUACCAGAGGAUGUACUACGUGUUCAUGCAGAUGUUGUCCAGUGGUCCGGCCUGGCUCAGUAUAAUCCUGCUGAUAACGGCCAGUCUGUUGCCAGAUGUGGUAAAGAAGGUGAUCUGUAGGGCGCUGUGGCCCACCACCACUGAACGCAUACAGAAUGCUGAUAAACUCUAUAAGGGCCACCUCUCCGAGUUCACCCCUCUGGCGUCUCUCCAUGCCCCGUCCAAGGCUGGCGGCCACCGGCGAGGCUCGGGACACCAAAGGAACGCGGCGAACCCCCGAAGGUCUGCACCCUUUAGCAAGAAAGUCAUGUUCACACACUGGCAACGCAAGCCAGACUACAGCACCUUCACCCCCCUCCUCCGAUUCGCAGAUGACUCCCGCCACCUCGGGCAGGGACAUGGCUACAGCGGGGCGGGGCCCGAGACCUCAGUCUAAUUUAUUUCAGUUUGGUAGUUCUUUUAAAUUCCUAAUUCCGGAUAUCAGAUACAAUGACAGGUGUUUCAGAGCUGGACUGAACAAAGGAGUGAUGGUGAUGAAUUGGUACAGAAGUGGAACAGGACGUCACAUCCCCCAAAACAUGACUGCAUUUGUUGAUUUUACUGAGCUGGAGUUAAAUAAUGGACUAUGUUGCUCAUAGCAGAUGUCUGUAAUCUGUGAGGGAUUACAGUGAAAGUAAUCUCUAUAACUUCCUCCAAAGCACUGGAAUGAUCUGCAUCCACAGGCUUGCCGCUACAACGCGCAAAGGGCUCAGUGUACUGACGUCAUGACAAUAACAAACUCUAGAGCUUCGAUUUCAUAAAGCAUAUUAUAGCAGACUGAAAAUAUGCGCACGGGCCCUUUACACCAGUCUGCCUUUGAGAGCAGGCAGCGGAAGCGUACUUUUUCUCUAACUGUUGGGGUUUAUAUGACUUUCCCCACAAAAUUGAUGAUGUGUUGUGAUUGGAAUUUUGCUACUGAUGAUGCCGAUGACGGUAACGGUGCUUUCUCAGCACCCGCUUUCUCUGACCAAUCAUUUUUCUUCUCUUCACUUCCUUCCAUCUCCCUCUUUCUGUCUGUCCGUCCCUCCGACUUGUCUGUUCUGCCUCUUCAUAGGACUAACUGGUGUUGCCUUUGUGCAAACCUGUUAUCCCGAAACACUCCGUAGGCCCUCUGGGGGGUCAGACUCUACAUCCUUGUAAGGACACGUCACAGUGACGCUUUCGUGUGUGACUUGUGGAUCUGAGUCGGUCUUUUUCUCCUGUUUUUAUCAGUAGUCGUAUAUUAUGUCUUAAAGGAUAAAAAGACUUUGGCUCCACUUCCCACAUGAAAGCUUUGAAAGUCACAUGUAGGUAGUUUAGAGUGUUGUGGAGUAGAUAGGUGUGUAGACCGGUAGUUGUCCUGUUAGUGUUUGUGCUGUACUUCUGUAUCGCUGCAGGAUCUCCUUCUUUUAUCUUUGAAGCACUUUAACUAUAGACAUUCAUCUAAUAUUCAUCUAUAAUGCUCUGAAGUCUUUUUAUGCUUAUUGAUGUAGUGAUAGGUACCAGUACAAAUGGCUUCUUGGCUGUUUCUUUAUGCCUUAAUGUCACCUUGUAAAUACCAGAGAUCAUGAACCAAAGAACCAGAAGAUAGAAACGUCUGACCUCCUCUAACUCACAGACGUACGGCAAGUUUAUUAAAUCAGAUUACACGGUGUGGUCUGUAGGUCAACUGUCAAGUUUGGAGAGAUUAGAUAUUUUUUUAUUUUUAGUCACAUGCUAUUUUAAGCACCUUAGAAAUGAACGUACAAAUCAUGACGUCAGGAUUCUGUCGAGUGCAUCUUGAUGCCUUUGAUUAGUAGUUUCAGUCCUUCUGAGAUUUUCUUCAUUAGUCAUAUAGACAUUUAAAAUGUACGACACACACACAGUACGUAGACCCAAGUCUCAGUAGGAAAUCAUGACUGUAACACUGUCGUAUAAAUUGAUACAAAACCUACACAACAGACGUCAGACGAAAUUGGACCUGGAAUAAAUACAGAAUUAAACCACUGCAGUUAAUUUAACUUAGUUAGAUAGUGGUUCUUAUUAUGAUCCCAUCAUCUCUCAGUUUCUUUAAAGGCAGUUCCAUGCUCACACGUCAAUGUACUGUCACUAAAAGCUCUGCUCCUCUUACAACACACAUUUAAAAGGACCCGUCCGUCAGCCUUGGACUCGCUCAGCCUUCGUCAUAUGUGCCUGAAUAUGUUGUUUGUUCCCUUUCUUGUCGAGAGUUACUUGAGACGAUCAAUACAAUUUUCACGUCCGUAAGGAGAAACAUGAAGGUGAAAUGAAAUCAUACAGAGUAUCCACAGUUGCUUUGUUUAUUUUAUGAGCUGCGGAGUGAUGAAAUUCAGGUAUCGGAAAUUCACUCGCUCAUACUCAUACAGAUGUUGUUCCACCUAAUGUGGAAUUAUCAUAUUUGUCAGGUAUUUUAGUUUGCAGGAUAUUUUUGAUGGCUUAUAGCGUCUAAUCGCUCAGUGCUCAUGCCCAUAAAAGGCCUUAUGAUGUUAUUACAGGAGGUGAAAUAAGAUUCUCACCGUGCUUUCUUUGAAUUGUGUCUUACAUUUUCCUGUUUGAACACGUAUCCUCUCUCUGUCUUUCUCUCUAGCUGUCCCUCUCUUUCUCUUCCUCCUCUUCUCUCAUUCUCCCUCUUCUGAAGCGACACAGGAGUUUUCUCCACGUCAGCCGCCUCCAUCCGUUCUCAUCAUCACUCCAUCCAUCUACAGUACACAUCCAAUGUGAGACAGAGUAGAAAAUUGUUUUAUACUCGACUUUUAAUAGUCCUCCUCCGUGUGAACUAAAGCCUUGUUGCUGCUAGAGAUGCUCGUAGCUGCUUUACUUUAGGUGCCUUGUGCUAGUCUGUGCUCAACUGUCUGUGCUUGCUUUUUAUGGUCAAAUCUACUAAUAAUAGGCAUUUGGAUGGAAAGGCACUGCAGACGACGGAUGUAUGGCUGCAUGACCGAAGAGAGAUUAGAUAAGUGAGUAAAAAAGGUGAAUGUAAAAGUCAAUGGACGUAGGUUCUACUGUCCAAGAUGAUUUAUUUGGAAAAAAAAAUACAGCACUGAAACAUAACAUUUGAAAGAACAAUCAAUGAACAAAUUAAUUAUCACUUCUGCAUCAUUUUUAUUGUUUUUAUUCCAAAUGUUUUGUCUCUGUCCAGGAGGGAAUUUGUCUCUCAAAAGUUAUUUGAACUAUUUUCAUUAAUUUAUAAAGUCUUCAAUUCUCACUCAUUUAAAGACGUAGAAAACUUAAUUGAUCAACUGCAGUUGGAUCAGUGUUACACCUUUCUUUUUUUUAUGUUCAUAUUUUGUUUGUAUUGUUUGCUUAAAUGUCUGACUUGCUUCUCACGAUUCUUUCCACAGAAAUAAUUCCGAUAGAAAUUAACAGCAAAGCAAAGGAAUCAAAUAUAUCCACGUGGUUUUCUUAUUAAGGGUCAGUUCAGCCAAAUUCCAAAAGGGGGGGCAAGCUUUAUAUUGUUUCUGAGACGAGAUAUUGAAUAUUGAUGAAAUCUUGGAGAUACAUAAUUAAAACCAAACCUAUACAUUUUUGGUGUAAUUAGGAUGAACUGAACCUUUAACGUUCUCAGGAUCGUGAAUGUAAAUCAAAGAUCCAGUUCCUCUUGCUCCAUGUGUGCAUUCAAACUGGACUUUGACAGAUGCAGAUUCUUGAAGGGAGAUUUUUGUCCGACAUAACUGUGCCAGUAUUUAAUAUUAGGAAAAUGAUAUCAUGUUUUCCCACCUGUAAAUUUAAGAGAAACACCAACAUGAGAUUUUAUUAUUAUAAUAUUGACACUGAGAGGCACACAGAGAAUAUGAAUUGGUGCCAUAAGUCAGGUUGGUCCUGUAGCUUUGUCUGUAAAUCUGUCCAUCAGAAAACUGUGGGAUCCAUAUGAAUUCAAAAAUAUGUUACAAAAGAAUAAUAUCCACACUUACUUGAGAGCUUUUUGUAUGUACAAUGUGUUAGAGACCGUGUUACCUUUUCUUCUUUUUUUACUUUCAAGAGACUCUUUGACGUGUGUCUUAUUUGGGUUGAAGAGUAUUCGAACAACACUGGACAAUUAUUAUAAUUUAUAAAAUAAGAGAGAUUUCUGUGGUGUUAGCUCAGUUACACCCCUGCACUGAACCGUCUCGUCUGAUGAUGGACACUAUGCUGUAGACAUUUUUUUUCAAAGCCAUUAAAUGGUGGAUUGAAGGUCUCACUGUACCGAUCACUCCAACGGUCCUGAUCUUUUCAAGACCACUGAAACAGUGACAGCCUUCAAACAGAAUGUUAUCUUUUCUCUUUUACAACGUGUUAUUGUGCAGUGCUCUGUUUUACUCAUAACCAACAGUAUCUAUAAUUGCUGUACACACAGAUACGGUAUACAUAUAUAAAUAUUUAUAUAUAUAAGAUAUAAAUGUAGUUAUGUUAAUUGAUGUACAGUUUUGGGGUCUUUUUGUAUACAGUUUUUAAACAAGAGUCAUAUCAACAUAUACUUGUGGAUUUCUGCCAACCUUUCUGUAGCUAUCGACGGCAAACUGCUGUACAUGUGCUUACGAAUAAAAGCCAGAGGUGGAAAUA